CGCGCUGUUUAUGACUGUGCCUGCAUUGCAUUUCCGCUUCCUUGGCACCCGCGCUCUGUUUCCUGUGUGGCUGGGAGAGUGUGGCGCGGCCAUAUUGUCUCUGAUACAGCAGAAAUAGCUUCUCUGUCGAUACCGACGAGACAGGGAAGGGACCGGCCGCCUUACCGGAGGAACCGACACCGAGAGCAACCGGAGGAGGUAAAGAGAACGCCCGGGCAGAGGCGGCUGUACAGCACAGGCCCCCCAGGCCAGCCCCCCAGGUGUGUGUGCAGAUCGGCAGUGGGAGCUCGCUCCGCCCCCCAUAGUCUUCGCUCCUGCCCCUCGUUCCUCCUCCUCUGUCAAGCUGUCUGACAUGUCGGGCCCCGUGCCGAGCAGGGCUAGAGUUUACACGGAUGUGAACACGCACCGCCCCCGGGAGUACUGGGACUAUGAGUCGCACGUCGUGGAGUGGGGAAAUCAAGAUGACUACCAGUUGGUUCGUAAACUCGGUCGAGGCAAAUACAGCGAAGUGUUUGAAGCAAUAAACAUCACAAACAAUGAGAAAGUAGUGGUGAAAAUACUAAAGCCAGUAAAAAAGAAGAAAAUUAAGAGGGAGAUUAAGAUCCUGGAGAACCUGCGAGGCGGCCCCAAUAUAAUCAAUCUCCUUGACAUCGUCAAAGACCCCGUGUCCAGGACACCUGCAUUGGUUUUUGAACAUGUGAACAACACAGACUUCAAGCAGUUGUAUCAGACUUUAACAGACUAUGACAUACGAUUCUACAUGUACGAGAUCCUAAAGGCUCUUGACUAUUGCCACAGUAUGGGAAUCAUGCACAGAGAUGUGAAACCUCACAACGUCAUGAUCGACCAUGAACACAGGAAACUGAGACUGAUUGACUGGGGUCUGGCUGAGUUCUACCACCCUGGACAGGAUUACAAUGUGCGAGUCGCCUCGCGCUAUUUCAAGGGUCCAGAGCUCCUUGUAGACUACCAGAUGUACGACUACAGCUUGGACAUGUGGAGUUUGGGCUGCAUGUUGGCCAGCAUGAUCUUCAGAAAGGAGCCGUUCUUCCAUGGACACGACAACUACGAUCAGUUGGUGAGAAUAGCCAAAGUCUUGGGCACUGAAGAUCUGUAUGAUUACAUUGACAAGUACAAUAUUGAACUGGAACCGCGGUUUAAUGACAUCUUAGGGAGGCAUUCUCGUAAGCGAUGGGAGCGCUUUGUUCACAGUGAGAACCAGCACUUAAUCAGCCCCGAGGCCCUGGAUUUCCUGGAUAAGCUGCUCCGAUACGACCACCAAGCAAGGCUUACUGCGCGGGAGGCUAUGGACCACCCUUACUACUACCCCAUAGUGAAAGAGCAGUCCCGAAUGGGGGGCCCGGGUAGCACCCCUGUCAGCUCAGCCAGCAUGAUGUCAGGGAUUUCUGCAAUGCCAACCUCCUCCCCUCUCGGCCCGAUGGCUGGCUCGCCCAUCAUUUCUGCUGCCAGUGCCCUGGGGACGCCAGUGGCAGCCGGAGCCCAGCAGUGAUGUCACUUCCUUUCCCAGUUCCAUUGCCAGAGCGGCGGUCUCCUUGCCUACCCUUUUUUUAACGGGGUUUGGAAGCUGGGACAGCACCUCUGAACAGUUUUGCUUGUGGAUUUCUAAGUUCGAUGAAACUAAAAUGGCUAAAUUAAUACAAUUCUUUUUUUUUUUUUUACUUGAAUUUUUUGUAUGUUCUAGAUAUACACGGGUUCCAUGGAUCUGACAGUUGUGAGAUAUAUACAUAUAUAAAUAUAUAUAAAAUAUGAAUCUUAGUGAUCCCACUUAACCUCAUUUGUUGUAACAAAAGCAAUCUUUAUAGACAGUAUCUUUAUUUUUUGCGCUAUUUAAUCGAAGGUAAAUCUAUUGGUUUUUUACCUUGUAUUAUUUUUCCUGUCUUUUUUUUUAAACUGCUGCUCACCUUCGGUCACUUCAAUUAGCACGUGUAGCCUAACCAAAGUUGAUGCUGGUUUACUUGGAAACUUGACUGCCAUUUAGGUAAAGCAAAGCAACACCAAAAUAAUUAACAGCUCAAACAGAUACUGUCUUUGAAAAUGCUGUUCACUUACACUGUUAGAAAUAUGGGAAACCUGUAGUUAGUUUUAACAUAAUAAAAAAAGAGCACAAUAUUCAUUAAACGUUGUGCUUGAAAAAUGAUUUUCUACCACGGACUGCUGUUUAAGCCAAAAGACAAUGUUUGUUUUAAGUUUAAUAUCCUUCUAAAUACAAUUCCUCUGGAGUCAUAGUCACAUAGGGUUACUUCUGGUCAAUCUCAUUUAGGGUUAAAACAAAUCACUUUCUUUUCUUGAGUUUUUACCUGGGUAUUUUCUUACAAACUGUAUUGUCACGUAAUGCAGUAUAGGAGGCCGGUUCUAAGUUUCACUUGAAGAGGGUGACUCUCUCCUGCCUUUUGUGCCAUUUGAUGGGAAUUUUGAGAACCUUGGGCUUGCAAGCUGAGACCCUGCUGUACAUACGCAUCUGGAAUGUUUGUUUCUUCAUUCAAACUGAAUGUCACAUUCUAAGGAAGUUCUUUCAACCCUACCAUCACUGUAUAUAAUUUGUCCUCUAUGUGGAAGAUCAGUAUUUGGAAAUAUUUAUGUAAAUAAACAUUUGUGUUUUAUUUAUCAAGGCUUAA